ACCCACAGUGUAAAGUUGAACCGUCAUCGCUGUACCUUCCUGGAAUUGCUUGCUGGCAUUAAAAGUUCAGGGGAGAACAAUAAAGACAUUUAACUUAAAGCAGCUGCUGCAACACCGCAACACAAUGUCUUUCACCGUCAAGAGCAUAUCUGUGAUUUACAGUUCAAUAAAUCAGAACAAUACGUUUACCAACGGAGAUUUUUUAUCGGGACAAGUCAUUCUCGAUGUUGCGAAGGAAACACAAAUGCAAUCUUUAAGUAUCACAAUAAAAGGGAAGGCAGACGUCCAAUGGAGCGAGCAUUAUGGCAAAACCACCGUUGUUUACUCAGAUAAGGAAAAGUUUUAUUCGAUGGAGCGCUUUUUCGUUCGGGAGGACAAAUCACAUGGUAAUGACAAUGAGUUGGUGAAAGACCCCUCUGGACAGCCUUAUCGCUCAGUUGUGGCACCAGGACGUCAUGUUUACCCAUUCGUUUUUCAGUUGCCUCAACAGAAUUACCCACCAUCUUUCAAAGGUUCAGCAGGCAAAAUUGUGUACACCUUAAAGACAAAACUGUGCAGGUCAGUGCGGGUUUCUAGCAAAGCCAAAGCUGAGUUCCACUAUGUUCCCAAACCUGAACCACAAAAUCCUGAACUUCUGGCACCUCAGUAUGGAGCCAGAGAUAAGCAAAUGAAGCUCUUUACAUCUGGGAGUGUUGCCAUGAACAUAAAGACUGAGAAAACAGGAUACUACCUUGAUGAGGGAUUGAAAGUUUUGGCUGAAAUUCAGAACAAUUCAUCCCGUGCAAUCAAGCCAAAAUACUGCCUGUAUGAAAAACACAGUUUCUUUGCAAGAAGCAAACGAAGGAUACACACACAUGACAUUCUUAAAGAGGAGGGAGAACCUAUCGAGCAGAAAACAAACAAAAAUAUCACCAAAGUGCUUACAAUUCCACCUAGCCUUAGUGCCUCUAUCUUUAACUGUAGGAUCAUCAAGGUUGAGUACAGACUGAGAGUCUGCCUUGAUGUGCCAUAUGCCUCAGAUCCAGAGAUCAAAUUUCCAGUCGUCCUUCUACCUCCUCAGACUUCCUCAGGUGCAAAGGGUCCCUCUAAUAGUGACUUUGGAAUUUGGAACCAACAAGCAGGAGGCAGUGCAUACCCCAAUGCUCCUCCUAUGGCCCCUGGACAAUUCGGUACCCCUGCAAACUAUGGACCUUCUCCUGGUCAGUUUGGGGCCUCUGGGAACUAUGGACCUUCUCCUGGUCAGUUUGGUAACUCUGGACCCCCUGGUCAAUAUGCUGCACCCGGUUAUGCUGGACCUCUGAGUCAGUUUGCUCCUCCUGGUUACCCUGGACCUCCAGCACAACUUCAUCCUCCAGUUUCAAAUUCUCAACAAUCUGACCCCUCAGCUUUACCUCCUUAUCAGGACUAUCAAUUAUAUCCACACAUCCCUGAUGAGACAAAAAAAUCUUGAGAAACAGUUUUAUAUUCACCUUCCUUAAUUGUUCGAUCAUCCCUGUUUGAACUAUUGGGUUUUGUUAAGAUUUGCAAAAAAAUUAAGGGUUUUAUGUAAACUAUUGUAGUUUAAGGAAACUGAUGUUAAAGUUUUAAUAGGCAAAAACAAUAGAUUUGGCAGUAAUUUUUUCCAGAAAGUACAGAUACUGUACUUGAAAAAUGUUCUCGAGUAAAAAUACGCAAGUAUUUCCCAUUGACUAGAUUAGAUACUCUUACUCUGUAGUUGCAUAUAUUGUUAAAUUUCUAUGCCGAAUACUGUAGAAGGAUCAUCUUUAUUUAUAAUCCCUAUACUGAACACUUCACUGUGACAUGACCCAAACAUUCUUAAAUUAUGAAGUUUGUGUGAUAUUUUUUAUGCAAUGCAAUUUUAAAAUGCUGUACAGAGAUAAAAAACGUUUCAGCAAAUUCCUUUGCCUUAGAUUG